AUGGCCGCGGACGACUCGUACACGGCAGCUGACGAGCGCGCCCGUGCCGCCCGGAGGGCGGGCAUCCAGGCGAAGAAGGACGAACAGCCGGCGAACACGACGCGGAGUUACGCGGCGAAGCAGCGGGAGUGGAAGGCCUGGUGCCAUACGCCUCGGGCUGCAGCAGACGGCUCGCUCUAUAGCUGGCCCGACGGCGAGCUCGUAACGCCGGACAAGCUGGCGGCGUGGCUCAAAGAGGAUAUCCUGUUACGACGCGUUGUGCCGCCGCAGAAGAAGAAGCCGCGCGCGGGGGGCACUAUCGACGCCUAUAUCGCGGCCGUUAUCGAGCUAUGGAGGCUCCAGGUGGCUCACGGCAACGCGAAUACGGAGAAUCCCCGGGGCGCCGCCGUACGAGGAUUCCUUGAGCAACGGGGCCGCCAGCGGGGGAAGCACGACCGCGCCUCCUUUAAAGACCGCGGAAGCGACGGGAUCCAGGCCGGCUACCUCCCCGAUGAAUGGCUUCGGAUCCAGGAUCUCCUUCUCACUGGCGCCGCGUAUACGCCGCAAAACCUCCGUACGCGAGUCGACCUCCUCUCGGCCACUACUACCUCUUACGGGGAGAACCGGCGCAAGAUGGAGCUUGCAGACCUAUCCCUACUCGACUAUCCGCCUUCGGAGGGCCCGACCCCCUGUGGUUGCCUGGACUGGUAUCGGAUCAAGGUCCUCGUCGGGCGGGACCGCGAGCAGGAGCUCUCGUACCCGACGCAGCUACAAGAGACCUGGCGUAUCUUCGGCGCUGCCGGCCUUAUCGCGUCGAAGAAGACGCACCUCCCGCGCAGGGUGGGCGCCCAGGACGCGGAGACCCAUGGCACGUCGCUCGCCCAGAUCUCGCAGGCCGGCCGCUGGAACCAGAGCGUGCUCUGCCAGGCAUAUCUUACGCACCUACCGCGGCAGUUCAUGCGUAUCGUCGCCGGCUUCUCGGCCUCCCCGGGGACUACUCGCGCGUGCGGCUCACGAACCCCGUACGUCUUACAAAAGCAGCUGUGGCCGUGGAUCGAGGAGUGGAACCCGCUUUGA